AUGAGGUCUAUAGAUGAAGUGCUCAUCACUAGUGUCAGACCCAAGAGAGCCAAGGUGGCCUCUGAGGAGGACCUGAAGCUGUCAGACAUACUGAGCUACUACACAAGCAGCCAAGAACUGCUGUACAGGUAGCUGUAGGCAUUAGCCAAUAAAAAUGCCAACAAGGCUCGCACCAGGAAUCAGGAGGUGCAAUCAGUACAGUGGCACCAGCAGCUGUGUUGCCAGCAUUUUGAGCACCUCUUGGAAUCUGCCAAGCAAGAGCUCGUGGACUUCAAGUUCUACAGGAUGGUCUGCUCUUUUGGUAGUAACCUCAUUGAGUUGGCAGAGCUGGAGCUCAAACAUGCCAAGGCCACCACCUUGCUUCUCAACACCCUUGUUCCCCCAAAGGAUGAGGGCUUCAAUGUGGCCAGACCUUCUGCAAGCUAUCUCCUUCCCUAA